CGCACGUGGGUGGGGGAAGCGAAUCCCUCCGGGGCUCGUCUCUCCCCCGUGUGUGCAUUCGGUCGCAGAGCCCACGGAAGCGUGGGCGACGUCGGUGCGCCCGCGGUCUACCUUUUCCCUCCGUCGUGAUGACACCCUUCCUCUGUCUGUGGUCUCUCGUCUUUGCACAAUCGACCGCGACGCCGCACCUCGUCUUCGUCGUCGCCGACGACCUCGGUUACCACGACGUCUCGUGGCACAACGCCGACGUGGAGACGCGGGCCUUGCACCGCCUCGCCAGAGAAGGCGUGGUCCUCGAAGGAAGUUACGUCCAGCCGACGUGCACGCCCACGCGAACGGCUUUCCUCACCGGCCGAUACCCUUUUCGCGUGGGACGACAAGUGGAAUCGAAAUGCGAAGGAUCCCGAGGAUCGGCUUUCGCCGAGGACGAGGGCGACGACCGGCUUGCCCUCGACGCCCCUCGACGCCCCUCGACUUCGCUGCGGCGCCCCUCGACGCCCCUCGACUUCGCUGCGGCGCUUGCCGUCCCGAGAGCCCGCGCCUCGAGGGAAAACGAGGCAUCGGAUCGCGACCAGAUGCCACAGACACGCCUCGGCGCCGAGUACACCAGGCCGACGCCCGAGUCUCCGGGCGGGACGGACGCGAAAUCCUCGCGAAAUCGUCGCGAAAUCCUCGCGGGAAUCCACGAAGUCGACGAAAGAGGAAGGACAAGGCGGAACACACCCGCGUGCCUUGCGCAACGCCGCGACGAACGCGGCGGAAACCCCCAGAAGGAGCGGACGUCACGAUUGCGAGAGGCGGAGGACGGGGACGACCUUCACGGAAGGCUUCCGACCUCCAACGGAAAUUGCAAUCUCGGGAAGAGAUAG